AGAGCGCGUCACCCGGACUAAGAGUGCGGAGCCCCGAGGCUGCGCUGGGUGAGCACAACUCUGCGCUGCCCUUCCCCGCGCCAGCGACGGCCGAGCGCUUCUCGAGCGGGCGGGAAGAUGAUGAUGAUGUCGCUGAACAGCAAGCAGGCGUUCAGCAUGCCGCACGGCGGCAGCCUGCACGUGGAGCCCAAGUACUCAGCACUGAGCAGCAGCUCCAGCAGCAGCGGCAGCGGCGGCGGAGGCGGCGGGGGCUCCGAGGCGAUGCGGAGAGCUUGUCUUCCAACCCCACCGAGCAAUAUAUUCGGCGGGCUGGAUGAGAGUCUGCUGGCCCGCGCCGAGGCUCUGGCCGCCGUGGACAUCGUCUCCCAGAGCAAGAGCCAUCACCACCACCCGCCCCACCACAGCCCCUUCAAGCCGGACGCCACUUACCACACCAUGAACACCAUCCCGUGCACGUCGGCCGCCUCCUCCUCGUCUGUGCCCAUCUCGCAUCCGUCCGCGCUGGCCGGCACGCACCACCACCACCAUCACCACCACCACCACCACCACCAGCCGCACCAGGCGCUGGAGGGCGAGCUGCUGGAGCACCUGAGUCCGGGGCUGGCCCUGGGCGCCAUGGCGGGCCCAGACGGCGCAGUGGUAUCCACGCCCGCCCACGCGCCGCACAUGGCCACCAUGAACCCCAUGCACCAAGCGGCGCUCAGCAUGGCCCACGCGCACGGGCUGCCCUCACACAUGGGAUGCAUGAGCGACGUAGACGCCGACCCGCGGGACCUGGAAGCUUUCGCCGAGCGCUUCAAGCAGCGACGCAUCAAGCUGGGGGUGACCCAGGCAGACGUGGGUUCCGCGCUGGCCAACCUCAAGAUUCCCGGCGUGGGCUCUCUGAGCCAGAGCACCAUCUGUAGGUUCGAGUCCCUCACGCUGUCACACAACAAUAUGAUCGCCCUCAAGCCCAUCCUGCAGGCGUGGCUGGAGGAGGCCGAGAAGUCCCACCGCGAGAAGCUCACCAAGCCUGAGCUCUUCAACGGAGCGGAGAAGAAGCGCAAGCGCACGUCCAUCGCCGCCCCAGAAAAGCGCUCGCUGGAAGCCUACUUCGCCAUCCAGCCGCGGCCCUCCUCGGAGAAGAUCGCCGCCAUCGCGGAGAAGCUGGAUCUUAAGAAAAACGUGGUGCGCGUCUGGUUCUGCAACCAGAGGCAGAAACAGAAAAGAAUGAAAUAUUCCGCAGGCAUUUAGGAGGCCCUGGGCCUCUCCAGGGACAGCCCUCUCCUCGUCCCCUUUCCCUCCACAUCCCCACCUCUUCUGCCUCUUUCCCCCCACUUUUGGCGACCAGAAACAAUUCCGGUAAAUGUGAACCGGAGACCGCGAGGAUUGAAGAGCGACUGAGCCCAAAGCAGUGAAAACAAGAAAGGGUUUCUCAGAGUAAAGAAAAACGAGAUAGGAUCUGUCAAGUUGUAGCAAAGUUAUCCCUUUUAACCCCAUCUCGGCUUCUUCGGAGGAAGUGUGGAGUUGGCGGUUGGCAGGAAAGCAGGGGACCCAGCCUUUUAAAAGUCCGCAAGAUUGAGCAAGUAAGAUUUGUUUUUAUUCUUACAGACAUCACCCUUGUUCAAGUUUAAAAGUACACUUUGCAGCUAUUUUUCAGAAAUAGAAAUUGAUUCAAGACUGAAUCUUUACACUAGAGUUGAUGCUUAAUGGGAUAGAGACAUCUCUAAAGUAUUUUCAAUUUAAAAAGAUGGCAGAUUUUCUGCAUUUACACUGUAUAUUAUAUAUAUAUUUUUAUUGUGGCUCUUACCCCCUUCUUCCUUCUCUGAAGUGUUAAUGCUAAAGAGAGGCGUUGCGCCUGCUGUGUUCACUGAUCUCGAGAGCUAUCAUUAGAUUAUUGCCGAACAACCCUCUGUAAAUUAUUAAUUUAUCUCUCUAGCAACUUAAUUUUGUGCACAUUCUAAUUAAUUGAACUUCUUUAGUCUAAAGAAAUAAAAACCGGGGGAAAACGUAUAGCUAGUGAUGUUCCAAAUGUUUCCUUUGAUGAGUUAGUUCACUGAAUACUCACAACUUUCUUCUUACACUGUAUUCCUUUUGGCCCAUUUGUAUAUUCUCACUUUGAAUGAAGAUUGGCUUUUUUGUUUGUUUCAUUUUUUACUGGUAGUGUUCUGAUUUGUGAGUUGACUCUCAGUAAUGGAUGUCUUAAUCGUGUAGACCUGAUUCACUGUCCAAAGUAUUGUUUACUUCGUUACAUAUUUAAUGGGGAUUCCCAUAUUGUCCUCACUACACACGAGCUCUCACACUCACCCUUACAUGCCCACAUACGCGUGCGGACACACACACACACACACACACACACACACACACACACAUGCACAUCUCCAAGAGAAGAAGCAAAUGGAGACAAGACUAAUGCAACAUGUUCUAGCUUUUGGUGCAUUUUCCACUUGCUACUUGUCCUCCCAGAUGCUGAGAUUUCACCAAGGUAUUUCAAUCUUCCAGUUUUCAAUUGCUGUAUUGGCUACAUUUUAACAUUUAUAGAAAUCUUUCAGUUUUUCCUUUUGGAGGUUUGUUUGUAGAAAAAUGAAAUUGAACUAUAAGAAAGUGCACUGCUUGUAAAUUCACAUUGUUUGGUAGAAUUUUUGGAGCAAAAAAAUAGGUACAUGAUGACUUGUACCUUAUGUAUUGUAAAUAUUUCAUUCAAAAUGAUGCACAUAUAGAUAUAUUCUUACAAAUUUUGCUGUAUUGCUGUACCAUUUGAGGCUUUCUAAAGUCUUCAGUUCUGUAUAUGACCUUGUUUUUGUUAAUAGAUGGUUAAUUUACUAUGGUAAUGUAUUAAGUUAUUUUUGG